AUGAAUGCAGCUAAGUUGCACAAUGUUUACGCAGUGACAUUAGUCUUCCUUUUAUCUUUCCUUCUAAUUUGCCCUCUUCGUUUCUCAGCAAAGACAUGGUGUGUGUCAGAUCCAUCGGCGACAGAUGCACAACUAAAAGCUAAUAUCGAUUGGGCAUGUAGCGAAGGAAAAGUUUCUUGUGUAAUAAUCGGACCUGGUGGUCCUUGCUAUGAACCAAAUACUUUUGCUAACCAUGCAUCAUUUGUGAUGAAUGAUUACUACCAAAACCAUGGAGGUACUGAAGAGGCGUGUGAUUUCAACCAUACUGGUCGAAUCGUUAGUACUAAUCCAAGUUAUGGAGGUUGUGUGUUUACGUAG